AUGGCAGACGCAGCCGUCGAAAAGAAUGACGUCGUCCCCGAAGAGGUCUCUUCCACUGAGGCGAAAGAGUCACCAGUUAAGAAAUCUCCCGCGAAAAAGGCAGCUGAAGUACCGGAGAGCAAUGGUAAUGGCAAGGAAGAAAAUGGCAGUAGCGAAGCACCCGAAGCCGAAGAGGACGCUCUUGCUGAGAACGGCGAGGCCGACGAAAGCAACGAUGCCACCGAAAAUGGUGACGCUACAGAAAAGAAAGAGACUGCAGUGAAGAGGAAAUCUGUGUCUGCAGAUAAUGGUGAAACAGAGAAGAUCACACCUGAAAAGAAAGCGAAAGUAGCAGAGGAGGCGCCCCCCGCCGAAGAGGAGGCGACCGCCUAA